GGCCAACGUCAAACCCUCUUGUUCUCUGCCACUAUGCCAAAGAAAAUACAAAAUUUUGCUAAAUCUGCUCUUGUCCAGCCUGUAACUGUAAAUGUGGGUCGCGCCGGAGCCGCCAGCAUGCGAGUCACACAGGAUGUUGAAUACGUUAAACACGAAGCCAAGAUACCUCAGCUUCUACAAGCGCUGGCGAAAACCUCUCCUCCUGUACGUCUAUGUUGGUUCGACCUUGUUUUCGCAACUUGGUCGGAGCGUCAGGGAGACCUUGUCGAACGUACUUAG